AUGACCUACAGAGGCCAAUACUCUGGACUAGGGGCUCCACAGAUGAAGCAGCCGCCGCCUUACAGUCCCUUCUGGAAGGCUGGGGUUGUUGUGCCCCCAAUGAUGAUGAGGCCGGCGGAGGCGGCCACGGGCAGGCCGAGACAACAACAUGCCCAGCAGAUCCCUCGCUAUCUAGCCGGACAACAGCCACAGAAGCAGAACCACCAGCCGCCGCCCUACAACAAUCCCUCCUGGUGGGCUGGGGGGGCUGUGCCCCCAAUGAUGAUGAGGCCGGCGGAGGCGGCCACGGGCAGGCCAAGACAACAUGCCCUGCAGAUCCCUUGUCAUCCAGCCGGACAACAGCUACAGAAGCAGACCCACCAGCCGCCGCCCUACAAUAAUCCCUCCUGGAGGGCUGAGAGGGCUGUGCCCCCAAUGAUGAUGAGGCCGGCGGAGGCGGCCACGGGUAUGCCGAGCCAACAACUUGCCCAGCAACUCCUUUUUGUUAAAGUACGCGUGGAGCCCCAGUUUCCUAGCCAUCCAGACGGACAACAGUCGCAAAAGCUGCCUGGUGUUGGGAUAAUAGAGCCAACACCCUCUUUGGGCUUGUCGCUGCCUAGUCCAAUAAGACUUCCAGAACCGUCCUAUGACGUGAUGUCACCUCAUCUGUGCAUGCUCGACGCUUUGGUCUCAUCAUUUCCGGUUCCUAAAACUGACGUGCCGAGUCAGCAGACGAGAGGUGGUGGGAGAGGUCAGCUGAGAACUGCCAGCAGCUUUCGGCCAUUGAGGAAUUCAAAGCUGCACUUCCAGAAGAUAAAGGUCGAGGAAGUGACUCCAGAAAGAAGGCCAUGGCCGUAUCCAUCAGUAAAACGAUCUUCUUGGAAGGCAGCCUGAUGGCCUGUAGCUUGUCAGCUUUGAACACUUGGAUAAACCGGAAGAAGUCUGUUCCCUCAAGCGGAUGCUACUGCAAGGGCCAUUUCCAAUUUCAAUGCAGCCUUUAUCAACAAGCUCACGAGGCUACUGAAUGGAAAAAGACUUCUGGUGCUUGAAUUUUCCCCAGAAAGUCUGGCCAACAUGAAGGACGCAUGAGUGCAGACGUGGUUGAUCCUAAUUUUCUUCCGUAAAGCCUGUUCAGCAGAGCCAUUUUGGACAGUCUAUGAGAUCAGAGCCACAGACCAAGCACAGUGUCCAGUCAAUUGAUAUUUAUCUCACCUCUUUGAAUUUUCUCAUUUAUAAAAUCUUUUGGGACACUGAAGCAACAAGGGUAUCGUGUCGUCCUUGAAACAGUUGUGACGGCUGUGAGAGAGCGAUUAUAAAUUAUGAAAUAAAACUUAGUUUUUAAUUUUUACUUUAA